CAGAGCCAGAGAGCAGAGUCAGCAACAACAACCGCCAUGGAAACUAGACUCUCUACCUCUCUGGGGCUCCCGUCUCCCGACCCAAAUCACUGUCUACUCAGCACCGAUUUCAAUUCCCUCUUCAAUCACUUAACCUUCAACCUCAUAUCCACCCAACCCCACAAACGCAAACCCAAACUCAUCAAAAACGACAUCGUUAGAUUUGCCUCAACUUCACUCUCCACCACCACCACCAACGAUCCCCACCAAUCCACAGCGUUUAAGCCGCAAAAAUGGCUCAAACCCACUUCGAAGAACCCCCCCAAAGCCCAAUCCUUUAUCAAGAAUCUCUCGGUUCUCGAGCGCGCCCUUAUUGGCGCAGCUGGCGGCGGCAUUGCCGGCGCAUUCACUUACGUGUGUCUUCACCCACUCGAUACAAUCAAAACCAAGUUGCAAACAAAGGGUGCUUCACAGAUUUACACGAGCACGUUUGAUGCCAUUGUUAAGACGUUUCAAACCAAGGGUGUUCUUGGGUUUUAUAGUGGUGUUUCUGCUGUUAUUGUGGGUUCUACGGCUUCUUCUGCUGUGUAUUUUGGGACUUGUGAGUUCGGGAAAUCGAUUUUGUCUAAAUCUGAGAUGUUCCCUUCCGUGCUUGUUCCUCCCACGGCUGGUGCAAUGGGGAAUAUUGUGUCAUCGGCUAUAAUGGUGCCUAAAGAAUUGAUUACUCAGAGAAUGCAGGCGGGUGCAAAGGGGCGAUCUUGGGAGGUUUUGUUGAAAAUUUUGGAGAAAGACGGGUUUUUGGGGCUUUAUGCAGGGUAUUCUGCUACAUUGUUGAGGAAUUUGCCUGCUGGUGUGCUGAGUUAUUCGUCUUUUGAGUACUUAAAAGCUGCGGUUUUGAGUAAGACUAAGAAGGGUCAUUUGGAGCCAAUUCAGAGUGUGUGUUGUGGGGCAUUGGCUGGAGCAAUUUCUGCAUCUUUAACGACCCCGCUUGAUGUGGUGAAAACUAGGUUGAUGACUCAGGUUCAAGGAGAGGCGGUUAACAAGGUGGCUGCAGUGAUGUAUAGUGGCGUUGCGGCGACUGUGAGGCAGAUUUUGAAGGAGGAAGGAUGGGUUGGAUUGACUAGAGGAAUGGCGCCUCGAGUUGUUCAUAGUGCUUGCUUUUCGGCAUUGGGGUAUUUUGCGUUUGAGACUGCUAGGCUUAUGGUUAUGCAGCAGUAUUUGAAGCGGAAGGAGUUAGCUGAAGUUAAUGUUGCUCCUGCUUGAUUUAGUGGCUGUUGACUCUCUGGUUAGAUAUCCUAAAUUUCUAAUUUGUUUGUAUUUUUGUUUCUGCUUAAAGUAGACUAGUAGAGUUUUAAUUGAUUUUUGUUAAUGCAUUUGUAUACGGUUGAGAUUAGGCACUUUGAUAAUACUCAUUAUCUUGUUAUUAUUUGUAUCUUUUGCAAUUCUAUUAAUAACACUUUGAAAAUUUUCGCCAGCUACAAACAAUAUUGUUUGUUUUUAAGUAAUUCUGCUACUGCUGGCAUUGAGUAAUUUUGUUUACUAGUGUCAAAUUUGCAUUAGUUUGACUGUUUUGAAUGCGCUUUUGAGAAUUGGCACUUCAAUUAAGCUAUUAGUGGUUU